GGCGGGGCGUGUGACGUCUCCGCCGAAGCUUUGAGGUGUUUAUUGUUCGUUCCCGUCGAAGAGAGAGAAGGGCCAAGUCAGACCUAGUGAAAUCACCUGCGGUUACAUACGGUUUUAGGUCGCGAAGCCAUCUUAACACGGCCAAAGCAGGUUGACAUAUCACCGGUUGGCCAUGGCGUAUGCAUACCUCUUCAAAUACAUCAUUAUCGGAGAUACGGGUGUGGGGAAAUCAUGCCUAUUAUUACAGUUCACAGACAAGCGUUUUCAGCCUGUGCACGAUCUCACUAUUGGUGUAGAAUUUGGAGCACGAAUGAUCACUAUAGAUGGCAAACAGAUUAAGCUCCAAAUCUGGGAUACAGCUGGCCAGGAGUCCUUCCGCUCAAUCACCAGGUCUUACUACAGAGGAGCUGCUGGGGCUCUUCUCGUGUACGACAUCACAAGAAGGGACACCUUUAACCAUUUGACAACCUGGUUAGAAGAUGCUCGUCAACAUUCCAACUCCAAUAUGGUCAUCAUGCUCAUUGGAAAUAAAAGUGAUUUAGAGUCGCGGAGAGAGGUGAAGAAAGAGGAAGGAGAGGCGUUUGCCAGAGAGCAUGGUCUGAUCUUCAUGGAGACCUCAGCUAAGACGGCAUCAAAUGUGGAAGAGGCAUUUAUCAACACAGCUAAGGAGAUCUAUGAAAAGAUCCAGGAAGGUGUCUUUGAUAUAAACAAUGAGGCAAACGGGAUUAAGAUUGGACCCCAGCAUGCAGCCACCAACUCCUCGCUUGCAGGCGGACAGGGUGGACAGCAAGCCGGAGGGGGCUGUUGCUGAGUGCACCGCCCAUCCCUCCAACCCACUCUACUCCUCAUGUUUCUACUGGACUGGUCAUGCUCACUAACAUUUUCUUAAACCCCCACUGCCCAGCCCUCAAAUUCAAAUCGUGUACUAGAUGGCUGUUUAAAAUUAAAAAACAAACAAACAAAAAAAUGCAUACAAAAAAAAAAAAAAAACAACCAAAAAAAAGAGAGACCAGGUCCUUAAAUCCUGAGAAACUCCUGAACCCCAUUGUGGGCUACAGCAGACAUGAUUAUGGUUACUAAGUAGGCUAAACCCCAGGAGCUUUGGAACCCAUAUUCUUAAAUAUAUUCAUGUUUGUAUUUGAUUUUCUCAGACAGUUGUGGAUUUUCUUUUGUGCCCUUUUGACUUAGAGCUGAACUGUAUUAAACACUACAGAGUCAUCUAUAGUAUUUUAAUCGGUUUAAGUGGUUGAAUACUAUGAAAACCAUGGUGAACUCUUAGGUCAAAAUAAGAGAAACAUGGGCUUGUGAUGAAAGGAGCAGCCAUUAUCAAAGUGAAGAAGUUAAAAGAAGGAAGAAUAAAAAGCAGGACUGUUUUAAAUCUGUAUUUAUCAUUCACAUUCUGUAUAUAUAGUUAUCAUUUCUUGCUUUUGAUGUAUGUUGACUGAGCUAGAAUUCUGUAUUGAAUUUGCUUAAGUUCUAUACUGUAUGAAUAGACCUUGAAAAUGCAACAGUAUUGCAACAUUUCCAAACCUGCUUUGACACCAUUUUAAGGGUAACUUUUACUUUGUUAAUUUUAGUUUGGUCCUGCCAUCUUGCCUUUGCCCUCAUCUCUGUGCCCCUAAUUUGUUCUUGUGUAUAGAAACUUUGGCUCAAUAUUCUGUGUCUAUUUUAAUGCCAAAUUUGUGUUUACCUGUGUUCGAUCACAACUUCAGAAAUGGAUCACCUGUCCUCCACAACUAGAUCUGCUGUUUGCCUUAAAAAAAAAAAGGGAUGGCAAAAGGUUAUCAUGCUGCACAGGAUUCAUAAAAAAGACUACAUAUAAUUCACACAUGCGUACAUAUUAAAAUGCUAGUUUCACUUACAGUAGAUGGAUAUUGCCCUCAAGUGCAUACACACACUCAUGGUUAAAACUAUAUAUUCAUUCAAGAUGGAAUCUGUGUACGCAUAAACAUAUAUUUCCCUUUUCAAUCUUUUGUUCUCCAAUGCAGUCUGCUGUGUAAUGUCAUUACAGAUCCACAUUAAUUUAGAUGUCUGGUUGUGUAAAGGCUUGCUUUCUCUGGCAUUACAUUCUGUUAUGAUAGGUAUAUGGUGAACAUCUUGUCCGUUGUGAAAGGGGUGUGGUAAAAGCCAAACUGAAGUAACUUCGUGACCCUUGACUUUAUUUGCUGUGUUCUCAAAAUGAAAUGCUAUCACAAUAAAAUAUAAUAAACUCAUCAACUCUGGACUUA